UCUUUUUCUCAUCACUCACACUUCACUCGCUCUCUUUUCAAAAUUAGGGUUUAGGGUUUUUCACUUUUUUUCUCAAAUCAAUCAAGAAAAACCAUGGCAUCCACAUCAGAGAACACAUCAGAGAAGAAGAUCCUUCUCAAGAGUUCCGACGGCGAAACCUUCGAGGUUGAACAGGCAAUUGCAGUGCAAUCUCAAACAAUCAAGCACAUGAUCGACGACAAUUGUGCUGAUGAAACCGGAAUCCCAAUUCCGAACGUAACCGGAAAAAUCAUGGCGAAGGUUAUUGAGUAUUGUAAGAAACAUGUUGAAACUCCAAGUUUCGAGGAAAAACCCUCUGAGGAAGAUCUUACAAAAUUUGAUACGGAUUUUAUCACCGUUGAUCAACCUACUCUGUUUGAUCUUAUCUUGGCUGCAAACUAUUUGGAUAUUAAGGGUUUGUUGGAUCUUGGCUGUAAGACUGUUGCUGAUAUGAUGAGGGGUAAGAAGCCGGAAGAGAUUCGUAAGACUUUUAACAUUAAGAAUGAUUAUAGUCCUGAGGAAGAGGCUGAAGUUCGUCGUGAAAAUCAAUGGGCUUUCGACUGAUUAUGGAAGGAAUAGGUUGAUUUAGUAUUUGAAUAGUUUAGAAAUAGUUUAAGAGACUAAUGUUUUAGUUUUCUUGAUGAUGACAAGAAAAAAAGAUUAAUUUUUUGUGUUAUGUUUCGUUUUAUUAUUGAUGAACUGGAAUUUGGAUUUAUAUGUUCUUAUUAAUUUUUUUUAA